UUGAGCUAUGAGUAAUGUAUAGAUUUGAUGUACACAACAGUCAAUAAGCAUUGAUUUCAUUCAUAUAAGACAGGAUACGAAUUUCAGAUACUGUAAUUUUGUGAACAAUAUUAAUUAUAAGAUUGUGGAAAAUGUCUCAAGGCAAAAUUGUGUUAAUGGCUUGUGGUAGUUUUAGUCCUCCGACGUAUAUGCAUUUACGAAUGUUCGAAAUAGCAAGAGAUUAUAUGCAAUCUUUGGGUAUGGGGACUGUUGUAGGUGGUAUUGUGUCUCCAGUUCAUGAUGCUUAUGGAAAGAAAGAUCUUGUUGCUUCACAUCAUAGGAUAUCAAUGCUCAAGUUAGCUUUGAGAUCGUCGGGUUGGAUCAAGAUCUCUGAAUGGGAGACACAGCAGUCUGGGUGGACGAGAACGAAAUUGUCAUUACAAUACCAUCAGGACACAAUCAACUGUCACAUGUCACCCUUAAAUAUUAACACGGAGUCGCCAUCUUGGCUUCCGGACGAUGUUUUAAACGUGAACAGUAUCGACGAGCAGAAUAAUUUGAACGAGAAACUUAAUGGUAAUGUAGGCGAGGGGGUCACCGUUAAAUUGCUCUGUGGUGCUGACCUGCUGGAGUCGUUCGCUAAACCUGGCCUGUGGUCGGAUGAAGAUUUGGAGACGAUAGUCGGUCGUCACGGAUUGGUCGUCGUGACGAGGGCCGGAAGUGAUCCUGGACGAUUUAUAUAUGAAUCGGAUAUGCUUUACAAAUAUAGAAAGAACGUGACACUUGUAACUAACUACAUAGCGAAUGAAGUGAGCUCGACUGUCAUCCGUCGCUUGCUGCAGCGCGGCGAAAGCGCCAAGUACUUGACCGACGACGCAGUACUGGCCUACAUAAGGCAGAAUAGGCUCUAUGGAUCUAUACCUUGCGUCACUGAGUAUAACCUCCUCAAUGAUAUCCUAGCCAACUACGAAAAGUCACCGCAAGACGUCAUUAUGACGUCACCAGAGGAGACGAGCUUCAAGAACAUACUGAUAUCGAUCCGAGACAAACCGUCAAUCGUAGACGAGACGAUAACCGUGAAGCGAGCGAAGAAAUCAAACUUCCUAAUGCCCAAUCAUACGGACACGAUAAGUCCAACGUUGGAUCCUAAACCGAAGAUGGCGUACAUCGAUAAGGUACCGUCGACGUAUGUCCCAGGAAAAGCGGUUAAAAUCGUAAGCGAUGUAAAACAACACGCCAUCAAAGACGAGAAGGUAAGUGCUUACAGUUCACUCGAUAGUUACCUUUCGAAGGACGACUACGAUUUGUACAGGCGGAGGGUGAGCGAGGGUAACACGGAAACGAAACAACCGACCGUCAAGAAACGGUGUUCUGCGUCCACGAUAAGGAAACUGAAACCGGACGAGAUUAAGAAGAGCAAGUCAGAGGUAAGUAAGCUAUGUGAUAAGGUAAAGAGUAUCAAGUUGAAGGAUCGUGACAGUAGGAACUACAAGACGCGUAGCUGUAACGAUAUUGUCAAACUUAUCUUGACUAAACACGGGAUUCAUGUCAUUAGUGAUACGGAAGCGAUUGUUUAGUUUUGUUUUCGGUCGUUGUUGUAUUCGAGGAAACUUAUUGGACCCAGUUAUGUGCCCGAGUGUACUCCCCAGAUGAUCUUCCCUAAGAAUACCCAAUAAAAUAGAUUUUAACUAUAAUUUACUGGGUACCCAUUCAACAUAUAUUCUACCGCCAAACAGAGAUACUUGUAUUGUUGUGUUCGGGCUUAAAGGGUAAGUAAGCUAGUAUAACUUCAGGCAUCAGGGAUAAUAACUUAGUUCCCAAUUUUGGUGAGGCAUUGGAGAUGUAAGAAAUAAUUACAAUUUUUUAAUACCAGGUCGCCCAUCCGCCUAUUUCAUAAAAAAAAAACUAUUCAUUGAGACCAAUGAGCUCAAACAUCAGCUGAAAUGCUGUUCCAGAUUAUGCUGAACCAUCAAGCUAGGUCAUAUUAUUGUAAUAUUGAAGUUAAAUGGUGUUUCCAUAAGACCAUUACAAGUUGCUCAUUCAUUUAAUAACUAGAAAAGAGCUGAUGAUCUUUGUACUGCGGUUUGAUCAUGACUAAGAACACUCGUUCAAGUUGCCUUUCAAACAAAGAUCUACGAUGUCACAGACAGACAGAUUCACACGAUAAAGUUUUAACUUUUGCAUCGAGUUAAAAAAGUUGACGAUUUUAGUGUCAUUCGUCGGAUUGCAUUGUCAUUCCUAUGCAAACGGGGUCUCUACACUCACUUGCAUAGGAAUGAGAAUUGCCCUUGUGUUUGCGUGCUCAUUCGUGCAUUGUCUUCUGAUUGGUCGCCGAGAUUUACUAAGUUUGGGAGAAUAUUAUCGUAUAUUCAAAAAUGUGCGAGUAUGUUAUGCUUGGCUAAUCCUCUUCUCUAGUUAAAAUGUUUUGGUUUAUUCCACCACGCAGUUCCAAAAUAGGUAGACGAUAUAUGCAAGUUGUGUCUCAUUUUUCUUAAAUUAUGGUGAUUGCAUUUGGAUAUAGCUGGGUUCAUCGUUUCGUUCAUUGUAUCGUGUCAAAUGUCUGCCAAAAUUUUACUCCAACUUCGUAUUAUUAUAUUGUUCAAGAAAGAGUUUAUUUAGAAAUGUUUUAAUCUCAACUGUAAUUAUAAUUGUGGUAAUGUAUGCAAGUCCGGAUUAACCAUUUCGGGGACCCUUUACCCCUUUCUAACUUCCUAAUAAGGUUUAUUUUCUACCACAAUGCUUCAUAAUUAUGAUUUUUUUUUUACUGUAUUACGAAAGUAUGACAACGCUUUUCAUAUAAGAGAAAUAUAUAUCGCCAGAAUUUUUAUGAACAUAUAUUUAAAUACCUUAUUUUCUUAUUAUUCGCAACGCAUCGACUAGGGUCCCCAAGGCAGUUGACUGCCUAACGUAUAAUCCGGCCUUGCGUGUCCGUGCUUAUGAUUUUAUGAUGACUUACUCAGUAGCAGAUUCACAUCGGUUCUUAUUUUUUUAACCGGUGAUAGCUUCUUAUAAUACUAAAGAGACUUUUAAAUAAAUUAAUGUUCUUGUAAGACUUUAAAUGAUAUUUUGAAUUUGAAUUUUGAUAGUUGUAGAAUUAAUAUAUAAACUAAAUUUAUAUAAAUUAUUCUCCCCGCUCUUAAGUAAAUAUUUUUCUACAAUUAUUGUCUUCCAUUUCUCACUCGAAACGUUUAUUAAACAUUAAAAUGUUACUUAAUACACUUCAAUUAUAAUUAAAUUAUAAAACUCAAUUAAUGUUAACUUUUCGAUGAAUUGAGAAAAUAGUCUAUGGUUGUUUUUUGUUUAUGGUAUAAAGACAUACGGGAUGAUAUGGAUCAAUACAGUGUAAUUUUUCAAAUUAUAGGGUUACUCUAUUUAUCAAAAUUUUAUUUAUUUUAAUAACAUAUUAAAUAUGUCUAUGAUUCCUAUUCUAAUAAAAUAUCUAUGUAAUGUUUAAAUACAAAACGAUUUAUCACAAUUAAUACCUAACAGCUUUACAUACAUUUGGUUAAGGGUGUUUAGUUACAUAAUGCUCUCGUUUUCUUUCGAAUGUUAAAUCAUUAAUGUAAGAAAGAGAUAAAUCUAUGUUUAACUGAACAUCCGCUGAAUAACGUAAGGGCGUAAGUCUUUUAUAGCUAAUAUAAUAUCAUUGACAUUUUAUCUAUAGACUCAUUAUGCAACGUCGCCUUCGGGUAACCACCAACAUCCCUGUAUUACUCUUAUAAAUAUUUUAAAGAUUCUAAAAGACAAUGUGAAUACCUAGAGCAUAUUAUUAUUACAAUAUGGUUAGUGACGCCUUAAGGGAUCUAUGAGACGAGAUUUUUAUCCUUAUGCCAUUCUGCCUUAAAUUAACAAAAACAUAAUUAAUUUAAAAGCAAACACAAUGAAUAAUUCGUGUGUAUAAUCUGUAUUAAAAAUAUGAGAGGGAUAGAGUAUUUCUUAAUGUUAGAAAACAUUGCUGUUAAAACGGGAUGACUAUACAUCUUUUAAUGCACCUAAGUUAACGAAUAAGAACCCUUUUGUUAAUGGCAUAAAGUUGUUUUUCCUUUAAAUAACAAAUACCUAGGAAACAUAAGCUCUUUCAUAUAUAAUGUAUAACAUUUUACUCAUAAUGUCUUGAGAUAA